AUGGAUAAUGCCAACCUGUGGACUCGUCGAGCAAACUCCUCCAAAUUGUCCUUGUCAAUGUCUGGAACCGACGCAAAGGAUAAUGCCCGCGCCGAUCUGCCCCGCUCAUCGAAACGAUUCGGCCCUGAUAGCUCCCACGGACGCUCCAAUCCCUUUAACGCAAUAUCACCAAUGUCAGGUGGUGUAUCCUCUCCAUCUACCAAUGCCUCCUCCGCUUUUGGUCUGGGGUCAGGUGCUUUCGCUUCGUUCGGCGCACCCAAAACACCAGGUGGCUCGUCGGACGUGAAGACGCCUGGAGAGAAGCGCGAGAUGACACUGGAGCAGGAGAAGGCAGCCAGCACCAAAGUGUUGGCUAACCCCCAUGCUUCCGGUCCUGGAGAGCAUCCGUUGAAGUCGACAUGGAUUGUCUGGUACCGUCCACCCACACCCAAAUACUCUGACUACGAGAAAUCCACCGUGCCACUUGCUUCUAUAUUCUCAGUGGAGAGCUUCUGGGCAGUAUACUCGCACCUCAAGCGGCCAUCUCUCCUUCCCACUGUUUCGGAUUACCACAUCUUCAAGAACGGUAUUCGACCCGUUUGGGAAGAUGAGGCCAACAAGAAGGGUGGCAAGUGGAUCGUUCGAUUGAAGAAGGGUGUGGCUGAUAGGUACUGGGAGGACCUGCUACUGGCAAUGGUAGGUGAUCAGUUCGCAGAGGCUGGUGACGAAGUCUGUGGUGCCGUGUUGAGCGUGCGGGGUGGUGAGGAUGUGUUGAGUGUCUGGACCCGGAUAGAUGGUGGGCGCAACAUUAAGAUCAGAGAAACGAUCAAGCGUUUGCUCGCUUUCCCCUUGGACACCAACAUCGUCUGGAAGAGUCACGAUGACAGCAUCGCUCAGCGCUCUGCCAUUGAUCAGGCUCGUCAUGAGAAAGCCACCUCUACCAACCCCACUAAUCACCUAGCAACGGAACGGCGACGUGCCCCCGGCCAUGAUGAAUCAGACAAAGUCAAGGGGGCAACCCCGUGA